CCAAUAGUGAGCUAACACUCAUGAACAAGUUGAUAACUAUUUUAGACCGAACUCAAGAACGCAGUGCUAUCGACUCUAAAGACUCGCUACUUAAUGUGCUAGAGAUAUAUAAAGCUUGUUAGAGGAACCAUUGUAUCAACAGAAACUUGAAAUUCCUCGAAUUCGUUUGUGAUUGAUUAUAGUGAACAUGCCACCGCCCCCACCACCACCACCGCCCCCACCCCCACUGCCGGGACUUAAAGCUCCACCCUCUUUCUCACCCAAGGGUCCCAACAAAGGACCGCCCAAAGGUCCCAGCAAAGGACCACCCCCUGCUCCGUUGAGGGCAUCUGGCACAGGACUAUCUCAUCCCCCACCGUCCUUUCCUCCAGCCCCGCCCCCUCCAAAGAGGCUGUCGAACCCACCUGCACCACCCCCUCCCAAACGAGCAUCAAAUACUCACGUUACGAAUACACGACCUCCGACCCCUCCUGUUCUACCAAAGAGGUCUUCCGGCACACAUCUCUCGUCUGCCCCAUCAUCAGUGAUUGGAGCACCGCCCCCUCCACCACCACCACCCAUUCUCGCUAGAGGUCCGCCCCCUCCACCACCACCACCUAUACUCACUAGAGGUCCGCCCCCUCCACCUCAUGUGCGAUCACCCCCGGCAACUGGUCCCCCUCCACCUCCUAUGAGGUCAUCGGUACCGUCACCCCCGGCAACUGGUCUCCCGCCCCCGGUACCACAGCACUCUCCCAAGAGGUCUCAACACACUCCCCAUCAUCCACCAUCCUCACAUUUCAGUGGUGCUACAGCUCCCGUGUCCGUGUCUAACAUCCCCCCACCUCCCGUACUCCACAGGGGGUCAUCAUCAUCUGCCACUCCCCCUCCACCCCCACACAGGAAGAGUCGCUCAAUAGAGAGUGCCACGCCCCCACCACCGCCCAUCAGACGCAACUCUAUCAAAAAGGCUCCGAGCACACCGUUUGAGAGCCCACAGUUGCCUAGUAGCGUGCCACCACCGCCGCUCAUUGCUUCUAAGCUCACUGAUAAUGGCUUCGGAGAUUACGAUGUACCUCGACCAAAUAGGAAGUCAUCAGGGGGAUCCUCAGUUCCCCCUCCCCACACUAGUAGCCACUCCCCCAAAGCACGCCAGCUGAGCAGCGAUCGUGACUCUGACUACGAUGUUCCACUCACAAAAGGAGAAAGACUGCGCAAAGAGAAGAUGUUGUCAAUGCUGGCAGCCAAACAUCGUCACAGUACUGAUGCUGAUUCCUCCAGUGACCCCAGUAGACCUGUCUCUGUCAACUCAAGUGUCUAUUCAGCAGAUUCUGGGUCCCUCAACUCAAGCCCCAGCGGUAGCAAGGUCACACUGCCCACACGAGAGGACGUGCAGAGCUCACUAGAGCAUGACCUGGAUAUAAUAGACAAGCUGGUUGCAGAUGUGGCAAUGCAAAACAGUUCCCUGAGGAUAAGUGGAGAUGGUCUGGGACGUAUCCAAGAUGAGAUGACCUCGUCUCACAGUGGGAGCAAUGACAACCUAGGAGUCUGGGAUGACCUGAAUACUGAUGAUGAUAGUGAUGAGAUCCUGGAAGAACCUGCCGUGGGUGGUGCUGAGACUGGUGGUGUGGACGAGAUACUAUUGGACAGUUGGAUCAAGGAGCUGGAGUCUGGUAUUCAGGGCAUGGCUGACUUGAUGGGUAUCGACCCAGAACCCUCCCCUCCACCAACACCAAAGCUGGCCCCGGCCCAGGUUCCCCCUCCCCCGGCCCCGGUAGCACCCGUCCCACCCGUGCCCUCCAUCAUGACCACAACUACUGAAGCUGAAGAGGAUGAUCGCAGGAACUCCUCAGAGGACGGAACUAUUGUCCGCAGGAGAAAGUCUUCUAAGACUGAGAAAGAAAUGUCGAAGGUGGAGACAUGGAGACUGUCCAUGAGGGCCAUUGAAGAUGCCGAGGACCCGGACCUUGACCUCUUAUUAGCGGACCUAUGUAAACUAGAAGAGGAUACUAAAGCACAGCUGGCCACCUCCAGCUCUGGACUCACUGCUGACGAUGUACAGCUGCCAGCAACAAGUGGUGGUAUCUCCAGUGAUGAUUUUGUCUCUUUCAUGGAGGGACUGCAGUCACAACGUAACGUCAUUAUGGACCUUUCCAAAUCCGUCUCCACGGGAACCUACAACACCCCAGAACAGAGCAACAGUCUUAAGCGUGAUAAUGAUAUCGGUGAAGAGCUUGCUGCUACAGUGAACGAGGACGACCCUCAGGACAUCUUCUCAAGAGAAUCUCAGUUCAUACGUCGUAACUCAAAGUCCCUUGUCAACAACAGCUCCAAUUCGUCUCUUAGCAACACGCUACAGCGACGUAAGAAGAAGCCAGAGAAUGACUCACCUCCAGUGGAGCAGAAGACGCCCACACACAUGGCCAUGCAGAGAGAGUUGGAUGACUUUGCCAGUCGCCUGACUAUUGAUGAGACCCUCACACCAGAACAACAAGCCAACAAGCUGAAGAAUGAGAAGCUGAAGAUAGCCAUGCUGAAACUCAAGGAGGCCUCCGUACACAAGAUGGUACUCAAGGUACACAAUGUGGACGGCAGUACCAAGAUGGUGGCCAUACAUGAAGCCAUGAAUGCUCGUGAUGUGUGUAUCCUGCUAGCAGAGCGGAACCAUCAGGAGGUGGGCCCAAACUGGACUCUCGUUGAGAGACUGGCUGACCUGCAUCUUGAGCGUACUCUAGAGGAUCACGAGAAGGUCCUACAGUGUCUCACUCACUGGCCACGAACUCACAAUAAUGUGGUGAUAUUCAAGAACAACCCUGAGAAGUACUACCUGCUCAUUCGGCCCCAGCUCCUCAUGCCUGCCAUCCACACCUACUCGAGCUUCAACCCAGCCAGAACCACAUUCACUGAGGAGCAAAAGAAGAAGAUUAUUCUCAAGGAGUUGUUUGUCACCAAGAUGCUUCCUAAGAUGGAGGGGGAGCUGCACAUUCGUGAGGGCAAGAAGAGUGGCUGGAAGAAGCAUGUCUUUGUCUUGAGGGCCUCUGGCCUCUACUACUCUAAGGCCGGCCGUUCUCUGGCCAGUAAAGAUAUUGUGAGGGUAGUGGAGUGGAAGGAUGUGGAUGUAUAUACCGGCGGCCAGUAUAAGAAGUUUUACCGUGCCCCCGGCUCUUACUGUUUCUCCCUAGUGCCACACGGGCCACUGCAAAGGGUGGAGAAGCAGAUCGUCCAUUUGUGUGCCUCGACCAAACAAGAGGCACUGGCCUGGAUUACUGCAGUGAGGCUGGCCAAGUACGGAGAGCAGUUACAGAGUAACUAUGAGGACACAAAGGCGGAGAUGCCGUGGUUACAGCUGGAGGACGACAACCUUGACCGCACCACUACGACCACUACUAGCACAGAGGAGAAAAGGGCGGAGCCUGAUCCCUUACCAGUCAUUGUGCAAAACGGUAAGGAGGUAGAUCUCUCCAAGAAGCCAAAGAACUCUUCUAUUGCUUUCAGAGGAGGCUCACUCAAGUUCAUCGACUCUCAAGGUGGGACCACCGACAACAGCCACAAGAUAACUGGUCCUCUGAGCAGUGCCGGGGCCGUCAGGAAGCCCAAGGCCAACACUGGCCUCCUAGCUAAUGCUUUCCAGAAUGCCUGGAAGCAAGGAUCUCUGGCUGCCGAGAUGAGCCAGGACACAGAGAAGUGGCCGGACUUUAACCCCUCGCCCAACCGGAACAGUGGUGGUGGCGUAGGCAAGGCAACAGUGACGACUAAGCCCUCGGAUCCGUACCUCAUGGAGGAGACUGAUAGCGGGAUGUUCACUCUGCGGAAAAAGAAAGAGCAACAACAGAGAAUGGCGUUGAAUGGGGGUUCCCCCACUCCGGUCAUGUGACUGUAUUAACUGUGACACUGUUCCAUGUUCAUGUUUGUGUGUUUGUACAGAAUCAUUUCAAUUAUUGUCUGCACAGAUCCUUCAUUAUUAAAGUAUUUCUGAAACUCCAUAGAACUAGUAAUUUAUUUGUAGUUGUCAUAACGUCAUUGUCAAUACACUGAUGGUCUAUCGUGAUAAAUUAUUGUUGAGAACUUG